AUGUCAUUUCUUCGAAUCGGCGUCGACGUGGGAGGCACUAAUACCGACGGUGUCCUGCUCGACCCACUCGCAACCUCAAAUCUGAACCGGGGCAUUCUCGCAUGGAGCAAGUCCCCCACAACUUCCAACCCCAGCCACGGAAUCGAGCAAGUUAUCAAAGCCUUACUCGAGACAGCACAGAUCGACGUGCAAAAUGUGGCCAGCGUCACGAUUGGCACCACCCACUUCACCAACGCCGUUGUCGAAAAAGACCGCAACCGCCUAGCUCCGGUAGCGGUCAUUCGCCUUUGCGGCCCGUAUUCCCGCGACGUUUACCCGGGCAUCGACUGGCCUCAAGACUUGCGCGACAUCAUCUGCCAACACUGCAGCUAUGUCAGCGGCGGUCUUGAGGUUGACGGCGACCUCAUUGCUGAUAUCGACGAAUCCCAAAUUGCUGCCGAAUGCGAGAUCAUCAAGAGUAAAGGCAUCAAGUCGGUUGUCGUCAACGGGAUAUUUUCACCAUCUGACGUUGUCGAAAAACAAGAAGAACGCGUCGCUGAAUGGGUUCGCAAAUACUAUCCUCUUGCCGAUGUAGUCAUUUCAAAAGAAGUUGCGAAUCUCGGGUUUGUCGAGCGUGAAAAUGCAGCAAUACUCAACGCCUCCAUUCUUCCCUUCGCCAGAUCGACAAUCCGCUCGUUCGAACACGCAAUCAUUCGUCUACGCCUCGACUGCCCGCUCUUUCUAACCCAGAAUGACGGAACCGUACUUUCCGCCUCUCUUGCAGCACGCUUGCCCAUCCGCACAUUCUCCAGUGGUCCGACUAAUUCAAUGUGUGGCGCAGCAUUCUUGGUCAAGAACGAAACCCACUCGGAAAGCAUGCUCGUCGUUGAUAUUGGCGGAACCACGACCGACGUUGGGAUGCUUCUGGCGAAUGGACUCCCUCGCCAGGCAGCCGCCGUCACAGAAAUUGCCGGUAUCCGACUCAACUUUUCGUGUCCAGAUGUGAAGAGCAUUGGCCUUGGGGGAGGCUCUAUCGUGCGCAGAUCACCAGUCACAGGAAACCUCACGAUUGGUCCCGACUCCGUUGGCCACCACAUCCAAACUCGGGCGCUGGUCUUUGGCGGAGACGUGCCCACGGCGACUGACUACGCAGUUUUAGCAGAGGGGUUGUCCAAUAUAGGGAACCCAGAACACAUCCCCCUUGCGGUCAGAGACGAUAUUCCGGGUUAUGCAUCCGUGGUCCAACAGAUGAUUGAGCGUGCUAUCGACAGCAGCAAAACAUCCGACAUGGACAUCCCAGUUCUUCUCGUUGGCGGUGGAGCAAUUAUCGCGCCAAACACGCUGAAAGGCGCGAGCAGGGUGGUGAAGCCGGAGUAUUCCGGUGUGGCAAAUGCCAUCGGCGCAGCCAUCGCACGAGUGUCAGGGACAAUCGACACUGUAGCCAGUACUACAGAGAAGACAACCAAAGAGGUGUUAGAAGAGAUUUCGAAACAGGCUGUUGAUAAGGCCGUCGAGAAUGGCGCAAUUCGGGACUCCAUAACGAUAGCAGAAAUGGAGGUGAUUCCUCUGCAGUAUGUCGCUAAUAAAGCUCGGGUUAUCGUCAAAGUCAUUGGGGACUUCGAUUUCUCGGCUCCAAUUAUCAGAGAUAGUGCCAGCAAUGAUAGUUUUCAGCCCGAAGACGACGUCAGAGAGAAGGCACCACUUUCCCGGUCCGAGUCGGUCGCAGUUUCAACACCUGCCCCAGUCGACAUUCUUUCGUAUCGACCUCAAAUAAACAGCCAGCGCGAAUGGAUUGUGUCCCAAAUCGACCUUGAAUGGAUUUCGACUGGCUGCUACAUCCUUGGCACGGGAGGCGGCGGGACCCCGUACCCGCACUUUAUCCGACUCCGGGAGAUGAUGCGCAAGGGGGCAGUCGUACGGGUUAUUUCGCCAAAAGACGUGAGGGACUCCGCGGUGGUUGCUGGAGGUGGGGGAAUGGGGUCGCCAACCGUGAGCAUCGAGAAGUUGCCAGCGAAUGAGCAAAUGGAGGCGCAGAGAUUGGUAUACGAUCAUCUCGGGUACGAGCCAGAAGCUGUCGUUGCCCUUGAAAUCGGUGGGGGGAAUGGAUUGCAAGGAAUGAUACUUGGGGCCUCGACAAACAUGAACAUACCAACAAUUGACGGCGACCUAAUGGGCCGGGCAUAUCCAACCUCAUGGCAAAUCACGCCGGUAGUUUUGGCUGGCGACAGGGCGCAUUUCAUGCCGACUGCGAUCUCAGAUGGCAACGGUAACAGAAUGAUGAUUCUCUCGGCCAACAGCGAGAAACACGUCGAACGCUUCUUUCGCGCUGCACUGUCCGAGAUGGGCAGCCAUGUAGGAUUUGCAGAGGGCCCGUGCUCGGGGAAGGACAUCAAGGAAUGGGUGAUCGAGAACGCGAUUUCGCUUGCGUGGCGAAUCGGACGCGCCGUUGCGUUGUGUCGGGCAAAGAACCAGAUUGACGCAGUUGCAGAGGUCAUCGUGGAAGAAGUGGGCGGGAAAAACUCCGCGAAAGUGCUUUUCAAAGGCAAGAUUGUGUCGGUGGAACGCAAGACCAUCAAGGGACACGUCUAUGGGGAAGUGAUUAUCAGCGCAGCAGACGUAAGCGGGUCUGGCGAGGGAGCGCAGUUCAGCGGCACAUUGAAAAUCCCAUUCAAAAACGAGAACCUCGCUGCUAUCGCUGUGGAUGGUGAUGGAUCUGAAACGGUCGCUGCGAGUGUGCCUGACUUGAUUUGUGUAUGCGACGCGGGUAAUGGCGAAGCGAUUGGGACUCCGGAAUAUCGAUAUGGGUUGAUGGUUGCCGUCGUUGGAAUUCAAGCCUCAGAAAGGUGGACCUCGACUGAGAGAGGCAUCGAGAUCGGGGGUCCCAAAGCCUUUGGGCUGGACAUCGACUACAAGCCUUUGGGCGUUUUCCAGAAGCCACGCAGCGUAAUAGACGAGUAUGUCUUAUAG